UCCAUGCAUCUCAACUCACUGCAAUUCCCUCUCUAUUAACAAAAAGACUACUAGUAUUGUAUCUUAUUGUAUUGUGUCCAAGUGCCAAUGCAAAUGCAACUGUAAUAACAAAUAGAGAAAAACGAAAAUGAGCUCUGAGCUAAUUCACAGAAACCAAACAAAAGAUCAACCUGAGAAUCAAAUCACAGAUUCAUCAUCCUCGCCGCGCCGUGAGAGUUCGCAUCCGAAAACAAGAAACAUGCUCAACCGAGCUCCGUUUCUUUUCAUCGGAAUCGCAAUUGCCACUCUCUUCUUCCACUAUCUCCCUUCUCGAUUCACUCUUCCUCAACAUUCUAACACCGACUCGUCCUUGAUCGAAACCGAUUUGGCUCUUCCGACUCGGCGAGUUCUGUUGGAGGAACGCCGCACAUUACAAGAGAGGAGACAGAGAGUCCCGUUGUCCGUUGGAUUGAAAAACAAGAAAAACAAGAGAGUGCUGGUAACCGGUGGCGCCGGUUUCGUUGGAAGCCACCUUGUAGACCGUUUGAUUGAAAGAGGCGACAACGUGAUCGUGAUUGAUAACUACUUUACCGGAAGAAAAGAGAAUGUUAUUCAUCAUAUUGGUGAUCCGAAUUUUGAACUCAUUCGACACGACGUCGUUGAACCGAUUCUUCUAGAAGUUGAUCAGAUCUAUCACUUGGCUUGCCCUGCUUCCCCUGUUCACUACAAAUUCAAUCCCGUCAAAACCAUCAAGACAAAUGUGGUGGGGACACUGAACAUGUUGGGGUUGGCAAAGAGAGUGGGUGCACGAUUUUUGUUGACUAGUACCAGUGAGGUGUAUGGUGAUCCAUUACAACAUCCUCAAGCUGAGACUUAUUGGGGCAAUGUUAAUCCAAUUGGUGUGAGAAGUUGUUAUGACGAGGGAAAGCGUGUUGCUGAGACUUUGGCUAUGGAUUACCAUAGAGGCGCUGGCAUUGAGGUGAGGAUUGCUAGAAUUUUCAACACAUAUGGACCCAGAAUGUGCCUUGAUGAUGGUCGUGUGGUCAGUAACUUCGUUGCUCAGGCAUUGAGGAAGGAUCCAUUGACUGUUUAUGGUGAUGGGAAACAGACAAGAAGCUUUCAAUAUGUUUCAGAUUUGGUAGAGGGCUUGAUGCGACUAAUGGAAGGUGAACAUGUUGGCCCCUUCAAUCUUGGCAACCCUGGUGAAUUCACCAUGCUUGAACUUGCUCAGGUGGUACAAGAGACUAUAGACCCAAAUGCAAAGAUAGAGUUCAGACCAAACACAGAAGAUGAUCCUCAUAAGAGAAAACCAGACAUUUCCAAAGCAAAAGAGCUUCUUGGAUGGCAACCAUCUGUGUCCCUCCGUCAGGGACUUCCUUUGAUGGUCAAUGAUUUCAGGCUAAGAUUAUUUGGUGACUCAAAGCUUAAUGAGGCUAAAGGUGCAUCUGCAGAAUAGACUAAAAUUGAGAUGGAAAAUAAAGUUAAAAAAAAGCAAGUUAGUAAAAAUAAACAUAUAUAUGUAUAACAAAAUUUUACUUAUUUGGCUUGUUUCGGAUCAAAUUAGAUAUAUAUACGAUAAGUCAUUUGGUGAAGUUUAUAUAAAUCUGGCAUAGAAAUAAGCAGCAUCCCCGGGUCAUGGCAAGAAGAUGCACAAUUUUGUUGUAUUUUAUUUGUAUUUGUAUAACGUCAUUUACCAAUUUACCGACAUAUUAUUGUGGA